CUCGUGCAUGUUCUCAUGUGUUUACGCUGUUUAUUUAUUUCCAAAAACUGCCAGAAUUUAUAAUCAGCGGUUUGUUUGAUAAAAAUAUUGUUAUGUUAAAUUAAACGGUGUCAUAUUCUUUUAACUGCCAAUGCAAACAUUUUUACGGCGUGCUGCCGUCUACACAAACCUUAUCAGUGGCUACGGUUUAUUUGAAGUGCAUACUCUCCGCCUGGCAUCUCGACAGAUCCGAUCCGUUAACUUUCUCGUGCAAAUGGCCGAAGCAGUGGAGCAGAAAAUAGCCGAGAAUAAAAUUCGUGGCGAGGAACGUCAUAGAAAACGACAGCAGUAUGAUCCGUUGAAACCCCGUUACAAUGGAAUCGUCAAAAAGCGUAAAUGGGAUGAUCCACCUUCCGAUCCAGAGGCGGUGAAAGAUUUCGAUCCUGCCUCACGAGUGAAGAGAAGAAAAUUUAUCAUCUUGAUGGGUUACUCGGGUGUAGAUUAUUUUGGUAUGCAACGUAAUCCUGGGACGAAGACAAUUGAGGAGGAUUUGCUGGCGGCAAUGCUAAAACAUGACUGGAUAGGUGAUGAAGCCUUCAAGCAACCACAGCAGAUUCAGUUCCAACGGGCCGCUCGUACCGACAAAGGAGUAUCAGCGGCGACGCAAGUGGUGUCCCUGAAACUUCCGGAAAAUGUAAAUGUGGAAGCGUUGAAUGCGGAUUUGCCAGCUCAAAUUCGAGUAUUCGCCGUGAAACGUGUGACAAAGGGAUUUAAUUCCAAAUCAAACUGCGAUGCUCGGACAUACACGUAUACAUUACCAACGGCGGCGUUUGCCUUGUACAACGAAAAAGUUAAUAUUUCCAGCUAUAGACUUCCGGAGGACCGUCUUCAGAAAGUCAACGAUACUUUGAAACUCUUCGAAGGUACGAAAAAUUUCCACAAUUUCACAAGUCGAAAGGAGUUUGUUGAUCCCUCGGCAAAACGGUUCAUCAUGUCCUUCGAGUGUGAGGUACCAUUCGUUCCAGAGAGCAAAACUGUUGAAUUCGCUACAAUCAAAAUUAAAGGACAAAGUUUUAUGUUGCAUCAGAUUCGAAAGAUGGUCGGUUUGAUGUUGGCUGUAGUGCGUGGAAUAACUCCGGCCGAAACAAUAAUCAAAGCGUUCGAUGAGGUGCGAUACGGAAUUCCUACGGCUCCUGGACUCGGGCUUGUGUUAAGUAGAAUUCAUUACGAAAAAUACAAUGUGCGCUACGGCGAAGAUGGUUGUCAUGAAAAAUUGGAUUUUGAGAAGGAAGAAGAUCAGAUACAGGAUUUUUUCCGGAAACAUAUUGCUUCCACCAUAGUCGAAACGGAGCUGAAGACAAAUUCAAUGGUGGACUGGGUGGAGACGCUUUUAAUACAUAGUUUUGAACCACGAGAAGACAAUGAACCACGCGAGGAAAAAGGUAAGCGAAAAUCUAAUGAUGAGGAUGACGAUGAUGACGAAUAAUUUCAUUUCGCGAAGUUUCGGAUUAUAAAUUGAUAGUUCUUUGAAGUUA